UCGAUUGUCAACCUGUCAUCCCCUGCCAAAGUCACAAGCUGUCAUUGGAUGUUCCUUAACGUUUAUCAUUGUGUUAAGUCACUCCCGUAAAUUCAGUACGAAAAUCUCCUACAACUAUUUAAUUGUGUAAAAAACUUCUGGACACCUCUCAGUCGUGUACUUAUUUUGAAACAAUGCCCCUACGACGCAGGCUAGUUCCAGCAUUCAAGUGCAUAAUAAUCGGGCAUGAGGGAUGCGGAAAGAGUACCUUCAUCCAGCGGCACUUGACGGGCCAGUUCGAGCAGCAAUAUUUGCCCACAUUCGGGAUCACGGUGAUCAAACUUAUAUUCCAAACAACUCGCGGCCCAAUCUGCUUCGAAAUGUGGGAGGGAGGGAAGGCCGAGUACGUCCGAUCCGAGGGUCCGAAUCCAUUUUUCAAAAAGGUCCACUGCGCCAUUGUAAUGUUCGACAUCAGCCUGAAGGACCCCUCCAAGAACUUUGCAGCACUCCGCGCCAUGACUGAGAUGGUCUCGCCAAACGUUCUUAAAUACGUUUUUUGCAACAAGGCGGAUCUGAGGCUGGGCAAGCCCAACGCUCGUCGGACGAAGAUCUACCGCUGUACAAAGAUUUCUGUUAAGAAUAACAUGAACACACUGGUGCCCUUUCAGCACAUCGCGCGCAGAAUUUUCAAAGACCGCUCGCUCAAGCUCAUGCCCAGGCCAACAAUGCUGCCGGCACCAGUGAAGCCCCUUCGCCAGGAGAGACAGGCAGAAAAAGAUAAAGAGAAAAAGAAAAAGACCAAAUUUAAGAUCUUACGCAGAAAAACAGAUGCAUGAAACGCAAGACAGAGAGUGUGUGCGCGUGUGUGGCUGCUACAUCGGGUGACACAUCAAAAAACAUAAGUACACACCUAAAGGGUAGAGGUUAUGUUAUCGUUUGCCUCCGACAGUACUUCAAUAAAAUGGUAUUUGGUGUUCUAUAAUGAAAACAAAUUUG